AUGGUGUCUUGCAAGGGAAAUACUUACUGCAUUGCUUCAGAUAAAGAAAAACCGGAGCUUGGCGUAUCCUUGCUCAUGUUUGAUUAUUCAACUGACAAGUUUGGACGUGUGCCUCUUCCCUAUCAGUCUCCUUACCUUAAUGCGUGUCUUUCAGUUGUUAGAGAAGAGAAACUUUCUGUGUUAUUGCAACAAAAGGUUACAUCAAAGACUGAGAUAUGGGUGACAAAUAAGAUUGGUGAGAGCAACAAAGGGGUGUCGUGGAGCAAGGUCUUAGCACUGGAUUUGGGCCUUCGUCUUGGGAUUCUUGACUAUGCGAGUUUUUUGUUCGAUGAGGAGAAGAAAGUCGUCAUGUGUUGUGACAGAUUGACAGACGACAUUGACAUGGUAUACAUUGUUGGGGAGGAUAACAUAGUCACACAAGUGGAAAUUGGAGUGAAUGAGUUCGAUGGUUGCUGGCCAGCUAUUCUUAAUUAUUUCCCAAGUUUGGCUCAAAUUGAGCCAGCUCGAGGCAAGAAAAGAAAAAGACUCGAAAGGAUGGAUGAUUUGAUUGAGGGAAAACCUGAUCUUGAAGCCAUAGAUAUCAUCAAGAACCGACUAAAUAAUCUAGGCAGAGAUGUGGAAGCCAUACGUGGCCUAGCACUAGCAGAGAUCAUCCCUUUCGCUAUGUCUGAGCUGGAAGACGACCAAUCAGACCUACACUCGCUUCUAGAGGCUCAAUUAGAUAAGAUUGGUGAGAUCAACAAAGGUGUGUCGUGGAGAAAGGUCUUAGCAUUGGAUUUGAGCCUUGAUCUUCACCUUUUGAGUUCUGCGACUUUCUUGCUCGAUGAGGAGAAGAAAGUCAUCGUGUUGUGUGACGCAUGGGUAGACGAGAAUGAAGUCCUGUGCAACAAAGACAUGGUAUACAUUGUUGGGGAGGAUAACAUAGUCACAGAAUUGGAAUUUGGAGUGGAUAAGAUCGAUGAUUGCUGGCCAGCUAUUCUUACUUAUUUCCCAAGUUUGGCUCAAAUCGAGCAAGCUCGAGGCAAGAAAAGAAAUAUAUUCGAAAGGAGGCAUUUGAUUGAAGGGAAAAAUAUUCUUGAAGCCAGUAAUAUCAUCAAGAAGCGACGGAAAACUCUGGAUGAAGAUGUGGAAGCCCAAGGUGACGUAGCAAAUACAAGAAUAGAACUAGACUGGCUUCAACAUGCUCAACAAAAAAUGUGUAGGAAACAUUUUAAGGAAUUAGGUAUCUCUAUCUCUAGUAAAAACGACUUGAGUCACUUGAGAGAUUUGCUAGAUUUGCUAGAGCUCUGCAUGAAGUGA